AUGCGUUUUAGCUUCUAACGCUCUUGUUUUUUUAUUGUGCGCCACUGUUUAAUCGUUUAUCAUUAUUUACUGGCCUCUUUAAUUAACGAAUAAAAAAUUACACUUGAUCUGUGGAACUGCAGUGUGAUUGUGCUCUCUGAUUAAUACAAGGAAAACCGCAAAAAUAACAUAAAUAUAGGUGGUCCAAAAUGUUAUUUAUUUUGGUGGGUAUACUACUCCUUACUUUGAUAUACUUUUAUUGUAUCAAACCGCUGACAUAUUGGCGUGAAAAUGGUGUACCGCAAGCAAAUUUAAUGGCAGCUUUAUUUCAUAAUUAUUUUGUAUUAUUUAAACGAAAGGAAUUAACCACGUUCGUCAAUGAAACGUAUCAAAAGUUUCCUGGAAACAGAUACCAUGGUAUGUAUCAAUUCAAUAAGCAACUGCUCGUUGUAAAAGAUACAAACUUGAUCAAGCAAAUGGUCAUUAAAGAUUUCGAGCAUUUCAAUGAACAUCGAGAUUUUGUUCCAGCAGAAGUUGAUCCAUUAAUGGGCAAGAAUCUAUUUUCUUUGAAAGGAAACGAAUGGAGAAUCAUGAGAUCAACACUUAGUCCAGCCUUUACUAGCAGCAAAAUGAAGAUAUUGUUCAAGCUCAUGGCUGAAUAUUCUCAAAAUUUUGUUGAGUAUUUCUUAAAUAAGAAUGAGGACCUAAUAGAAAUCGAAAUGAAAGACAUAUCUUCCAGAUUCUGCAAUGAUGUUAUUGCUUCUAGCGCCUUUGGUACAGAAGUUGAUUCAUUUAAACAUCCUGAUAACGAGUUUUUCAGAUAUGGACAAAUCUUUACAGAUCUUAGGAAAUUCUCUACAAUGAUAAGGCUUUUCUUCACCAUGAUGUGUCCUACAAUUUCAAAGGUAUUUAAAAUUAAAUUUAUUCCUGAUGGUGUAGCCAAAUUUUUCACGAAACUAAUUGAAGAUACAAUCAAAUUAAGAGAAGAAAAGGGGAUAGUAAGACCAGAUAUGAUCCAUUUGUUGAUGGAAGCACGGAAAGGAAAUCAGAAAAACGAAGAAAAUGUUACUGACACUGGAUUUGCAACAGUCGAAGAACAUCUUGAAGGUUUAGCCAACCAUAAUCUUACGAAUGAAGAAAUAAUAGCACAAGCGUUGAUAUUUUUCUUCGCUGGUUUCGAUUCAGUUUCAACUCUUAUGUGCUUUUUGGCCUAUGAACUUUGCGUGGAUCAAGAUAUUCAAAACAGACUUCGUGAAGAAAUAGAAGAAACAUCAGAAAACUGCAAUAAUAAACUAACGUACGAGGCUUUGGUUGGCAUGAAAUAUAUGGAUAUGGUUGUUACAGAGGCGUUACGAAAAUGGCCAACACAAGUUGGUUUCGAAAGGAUAUGUAUCAAACCUUACACCAUCGAACCGAGUUUGCCACAUGAAAAACCAGUUCGUUUAACAGUAGGACAGUCAAUCUUCAUCCCAACCUACGGCAUACAUCAUGAUCCAAACAACUUUCCAAACCCAGAUGUCUUCGAUCCAGAACGAUUCAGCGAUGAAAAUAAAACAAACUUUGAUGCAUACGCGUUCCAGCCGUUCGGGCUUGGUCCGAGAAACUGUAUAGGAUCGAGAUUUGCCUUGAUGGAAACUAAAGUUAUGUUUUUCUAUCUUUUGAAACAUUUUAAGAUUGUUCCAGUGAAAAGAACAGAAAUUCCGAUUCGACAUGUAAAGAAUAUGUUUUCUAUUUUACCACCUGAUGGAUUUUGGAUGGGACUGGAACGUAUUCAUAAAUGAUAUUCGAUUUUUUAAUUAAUUAUUUUUAUUGUUACAUACAAUAACAAUUCAGUCAAUUAUGUUUUUGGUCUGAAAAUACUCACAUUAGCUGUCAUAGUAGAUAGAUUAUUGCUGUAUCCACUCGUAGCAAAAAUAUAGGACUUUUAUAGCCUGAUUUAUGACUUCGCAUAUGUAUUUGUUGUCCAGGAUUAGGCAUAGAUACUUGACCCCUUUUUCCAUUCUAUAUUUUUUCGGUCUAAUUUGAAGGUUUUGAUAUUGAGUUCUCUAUGAAUAAAAAAUUGUUUUUAAAAAGCACGUUAAUGUGUUCAAAAAGAGCCGUUUACCCGAGCAAAACACUAUCGUAAGUUUAUAUCUGAGAGUACUUACAAAUACGAGUAAUGUGUGUAAUGUUAACAUGGUAAAUUGCAGCAAAAAUUGCUUUGCGCGAAUAAACAAGUUGAGGAGAGCUCCUGCUAGUUAUUCUUUAUUGAACUACCCUACUUUCUUUGGACUUUUAAUAAAUUGUUUAAAUUAUUUAAGUUAAACGGUUAAUUAUUAUUAAAUUAAAUAGUUAUAUUUGAUUAAAUUACUGGGAUAUUUUAGUCAUUAUCAGUUUAAAAUCGUUUGAGUAAUAUAGAAAAAUUGAGAAUCAACCUUCGUACAGUCAGAAAACAACGCAGAAAGAACAAACUAUGUCUAUUUUUAUGUAUGAGAGAGUAUUAAAAUAAUAAAGCGUUCGUAAUCCAUAGGCGUAUCACUUCUUUUAGUAGACAGUUAAUAGUUAUUUAUGC